GGGGGUAUUGCUACCUUGUCGAUGUGGGUUUCUAAUGUCUGUUACCCGGCCAUUAGAACUUGAAUGUAUCAAUUACUUCUUUUCUUAGCAAGAAAGGGACCUUGCCAAAGGCCAUUCAACAUGUGUUGUUGAUGAUGAUUCUAUCACCUUAUAUGAUUGGAAUUUGAAGGCGUCGGUCACUUCUUUCCCUAAUUUGCAAGGCAAUGUCCUUGCCUAUUGUUCAUGGAUGCGGAGACACAUCCUUAACAUCGUAUGUCCAUCUCGAGUACUUUACUCUGAUCAGCUUCGACAAGGCUAUAUCAUUCAUUCUAGGUUUGAAGGAGGGUGAAAGAGAAGUUUCAAAACCUGCAAGGACUUUGUUUCUUAGUCUCAGUGGGUCUUCCUGUAUCGGGUUGUUUGCGUAAGUUAAAUAGUGCAUUAAUAUUAAUAUCAGUCCAACUCCAACGAAGUUUCCUUUAAGAAAACAAAAUCCUACGCGGGCGCAUGCAGUAAUCGGAUAUACACGUACUUGGAUAGUUGGAUGGCAGUUGGCAAUAAAAGGCGUGCAUGACACGUUCGCUGUGUACAGGCUAAGCCAUCUGUCAUCGCUCUUAACCCCACGUAGCAGCAAUCCAACGCGCCCACCUCCGUCCAUAAAUCCACAAGGCCCCCGGAGUCUCUGCCCAGCGGGCCCGGCAGUCCCACAAGAUCACAGCACAUACGCUUCCUCCAUUCCACUCGGCCGCGACCGCGACCGCGACGGCGAGCGAGGGGCCGAGGUGGGACGCCGCGCCGCUUCUGCAGAAAGAAAAAGGCCAGGUGAGGUGCUCGACGCGGGAGCGGGACCGGAGUAGCGCCAGCGUCCCAUUCCCGGCCAACCUCCCUGUUCAUCUCCAUGCCGACCUGACUCGGACUCUUGAUUUGCUCCUCGCGGGGGUUCGGUCCCAUGGCGGCAGCUGCGCUGGCAAUGGCAGAGCAGGUGGUGGCCGAGCUCCGAGUGAGGUGUGAGACGCCGCCGUCGAUGCUGCGCGAGGUGGCCGUGGAGAUGGCCCGCGAGAUGGGCGCGGGGCUGGAGAAGGACGGCGGGAGCAGGGUCAAGAUGCUCCUCUCCUACGUCGAUAAGCUCCCCACAGGGAGAGAGGAAGGAUUAUUCUAUGGAUUGGACCUAGGAGGAACGAAUUUCCGCGUCUUGAAAGUGCAACUAGGUGGGAAUGCGAAGCAUGUCGUUGACCGUGACUCCAGAGAAGUCGGCAUUCCGCCACAUCUGAUGUCAGGGAGCUCCUCGGAGCUUUUUGGUUUCAUUGCUUCUGAAUUGGCCAAGUUUGUUGACGAUGAUGAGAAGUGCGCUAACAUUUCGAAUGGCAAGAAGCGAGAAAUAGGGUUCACGUUUUCGUUCCCAGUGAAGCAGCGUUCUGUAGCUUCCGGUACGCUUGUCAAGUGGACAAAGGCAUUUUCCAUUAAUGAUGCUGUAGGCGAAGAUGUGGUGGCUGAACUGCAAACAGCCAUGGAGAAGCAAGGUCUGGACAUGCAUGUAGCUGCAUUGAUUAAUGAUGCUGUUGGGACGCUGGCGGGAGCAAGGUACUAUGACAAAGAUGUUGUCGCUGGUGUAAUAUUUGGCACUGGCACAAACGCAGCAUAUGUUGAGAAGGCAAAUGCUAUUCCAAAAUGGGAGGGUGAGCUGCCCCAUUCAGGAGACAUGAAAAAAAACGAUUUUGCUGUACUUCAGGUCAUCAACAUGGAAUGGGGUAACUUCUUCUCAUCUCAUCUCCCCAUCACUGAAUAUGAUCAAGAAUUAGAUAAGGAGAGCUUAAAUCCAGGAGAACAGAUUUACGAGAAGUUAACGUCAGGAAUGUAUUUAGGUGAAAUUGUAAGGAGGGUGCUCCUUAAAAUAUCAUUGCAGUCCGCCAUUUUUGGUGAUAUUGACCACACUAAGCUUCAAACCCAUUUCCUUCUGCGGACUCCACAUAUUUCAGCAAUGCACCAUGACGAAACAUCUGAUCUGAAGAUUGUGGCCGAAAAUUUUGAAGAAAACCUAGAGAUUACAGGCACAUCCUUGGAGGCUCGUAAGCUGGUCGUUGAAAUCUGUGACAUUGUGGCGACAAGAGCAGCCCGGCUGGCUGCUGCGGGGCUUGCAGGGAUCCUCAUGAAGAUCGGGAGAGAUCACAGCGUCGAGGACCAACGGUCAGUCAUCGCCAUCGACGGAGGACUGUUCGAGCACUACACCAAAUUCCGCCGGUGCUUGGAGACCACACUGGGUGAGCUGCUAGGAGACGAGGCGUCCAAGGCGGUGGCCAUCAAGCAUGCCGACGACGGUUCAGGAAUAGGUGCUGCCCUGAUUGCAGCUUCACAGUCUCAGUACAAAAACGACUUAGUGGCCGUCAAGCAUGCAGAUGACGGUUCAGGAGUCAAGUAUGCAGAAGACAAGCGUGCAGAUGACGGAUCAGAAAUAGGUGCUGCCCUGAUUGCUGCCUCGCAAUCUCAGUAGAGAGAUGUCCGAGUGGUAUAGAGGUAGCAAGUAGCUAUGAUUUGUUUCCAACGUCUUAACUGUCCAGCGUCUGCAGUUUAGCAUGCUAGAGCUGGAUGCGAUCUGUAACCAAAACCAGGCUUGGCCAACUGGCUGUUCAUAAUUCCAAUAACAGCAGGGUUGCAGAUGUCUCCUAA